GCUUGGCGGUAGGAGGGAGCAGAGACUGCGGUGAUAAACAAAUACACGCAGUGGAGUCGUUAGUACCUUGUGGAGCUGUGUGGCAGCGGUUUGGCAGCACCGGCUGACUCUCGGGGAAGCUGACCUCCUUCACGGGCCGAGCUUUGAAGCCAAAACCGGGUUAAAAAUCCAGGACUUUAUCUGAGAAAAACCCAGGAUUUUAUCCCUCGUCUCUCUCCCUCCCUCCCUCCUUCCUUCACCCGGAGUCGGCUUAUGUGACACAUUAACGUCCCGGCGGCGAAACGAGCGAAACAUGACGGAGCUGAGGAAGCGAGGCGGAGGCGGAGGAGACCCUGACAGCACCGAGAAUAUCAGCGACAAGGAGGCUGACGGUGAUGACAGGCUGGGCCUGCAGGGCGACGCAGAGGGAGAAGGUGAUGGUGACUCCAAAGCAGACACUCCAGAUGUUCCUCUCUCCACAGCAGACACAGACAACACUCCACAAUGCCUGAACAAAGCUCUGGAGGGCCUGCCGCCCAGAUGGAAGAACUACUGGAUACGAGGGGUUCUGUCUUUAGCCAUGAUUUCAGGCUUUUUCCUCAUCAUCUAUAUGGGACCUGUCACUCUUAUAUUAGUGGUCAUGACUGUCCAAAUCAAGUGUUUCCAAGAAAUCAUCACCAUUGGCUACAGAGUUUACCAUUCCUACGACCUGCCAUGGUUCAGGACUCUAAGCUGGUACUUCCUGAUUUGCGUCAACUACUUCUUCUAUGGUGAAACUGUAGCGGACUACUUUGGGGCUCUGGUGCAGAGGGAGGAACCUCUGCAGUUCCUGGCUCGCUAUCACCGCUUCAUCUCCUUUGCUUUGUACCUCGCAGGUUUCUGCAUGUUUGUGCUGAGUUUAGUGAAGAAACAUUACCGCCUGCAGUUUUAUAUGUUUGCUUGGACCCAUGUGACCCUGUUGAUUGUGGUAACUCAGUCCCACCUUGUCAUUCAGAACCUGUUUGAAGGAAUGAUCUGGUUCAUCGUCCCAAUCUCCAUUGUGAUCUGCAAUGACAUCAUGGCCUAUCUGUUUGGAUUCUUCUUUGGGAGGACUCCACUCAUCAAGCUCUCACCCAAGAAGACCUGGGAGGGCUUCAUCGGAGGUUUCUUCUCCACCGUGGUUUUUGGCUUCAUCCUGGCCUACCUCCUGUCUCAGUUCCAGUACUUUGUGUGUCCCGUGGGCUUCAACAGUGAGACCAAUGGGUUUACAGUUGAAUGUGAGCCUUCUGAUAUCUUUGUGAUGCAGGAGUACACUCUUCCUGCUGUGGUACAAAACACACUGAGAUGGAAAACGGUGAACCUGUACCCCUUCCAGAUCCACAGCAUCUUCCUCUCGUCCUUUGCGUCUCUCAUCGGGCCUUUUGGCGGCUUCUUUGCUAGCGGCUUCAAGCGAGCGUUUAAAAUCAAGGACUUUGCCAGCACCAUCCCCGGCCACGGCGGCAUCAUGGAUCGAUUCGACUGUCAGUACCUGAUGGCCACCUUCACACACGUCUACAUAGCCAGCUUCAUCAGGGGACCGAACCCCAGCAAGGUGCUGCAGCAGCUGCUGAUGCUUCAGCCUGAACAGCAGCUCAGCAUCUUCCACACUCUGCACUCCCACCUGAGAGAGAGGGGCAUGCUCCCCCCGGCCGCCGCCCAGGCCGAAUGAAGGACCGCCGGCUUCACAGGGUGAUGACUGGAGAGUGUGUGUGUGUGGUGGUUCCGGAAAGUUUGUGUAAGCAUGCACACACGCACAGACACACACACUCUUUAAGUAUACCUGUACGGUGUGUGAUCGCAGGCCUCUCUCAGAGCGUCCGUCGUCAUCCUGCCGCCUCCUCAUUCGACUUCCAACCAGCUCCAAAUCACAACUUAGAAACUGAGGUGACUCGUGUGGAAUAACCUCGUAGUAAAACAAACAAAAAAGAGAAAAGAAAAAAAGAAACAACACAACAACAACAACAGGCGGCUUUGUUGCUUUCCACCUGGACCGGCACAUAAACUACCACACAGCUCAUGAGCGAGCGAGCAGUCCCCAUCCUUACAGACUGAAGAUGAAAUGUCUUAUCAAACUAAACGACUUUAAAGCACACGGCUUUCUCAGCGCAGGUGGAUGGUGGAUGUGCAGUUUUGGACGGCAAAUAUUGCACUGACUUUAGCUAAACAAA